AUGAAAGCGGGUGACAAAAUGCACUCUUUUGUAGGUGAACUGGUAAGUGGCCAGCUGCAAAGCCCACUGUCCGAAUACAUCGAAGGAAGACUUGGCAACAGGAAAAUUUGGUGGUGCCCUUCCGGAUACGGUUAUCUGGCCUAUUGCCCGCAACCAACAGACUGGGAUAGCUACAACUGGUGCUGUACAUGGCCCUAUCUGGGCUCCUGGAAGCCCUCGUGCUGUCAGUUUGCCAUUCCAACUGGCGCACUUGUUGCCAUCAUUAUGGCCUCCGUCAUAUUUGUUGCCUUGUUGAUAUUCUUGUCAUGCUGGUGCUGCUUCUGUUGCCCAUUGUAUAGGCAGCUAUACGAUUAUGAAGAAGACGAAAAACAUUGA